AUGAGUUCGCCUUCAAGAAAGAGGAAGGCGAGCCCCGAGCUCGUGUCGAACCCGUUUAUCAAGAAGCGGAACCUGGAUUGGUCAAUAUCACCGCCACCUUUCCGGAACCCUGAUCGGCAGCAUCGUGAGACAGACGGCCAAGGAGUCAAAGCCCAUGUAUUUGAUUAUAGUAAUGAGGCCCGGUCCAACACAGCAGAAGGCUCCAAGGAUGUCCCUGACAAUAAAGUCGCUCAGGAUUCAGAACAGGACACAGGCCUCGCGGCUGCGAACAACACUCAAGAGCAACGCGACGGCCCCUCAGGCUCUGCGCUGAUCGAGAACAACAGCGUCAAAAUUACCGACCACCUGGCGUGGUUCUCAAACCUCCUUUCAAAGGCAGCUCUUCAGCCUUUCCCAGAGAACCAACCUCAUCUCCCCAUUCCCACGUACCAGUCUCUCUAUACCCACUCCUUCCAGUCCCCCAUGGGAGCCCACUUCGUCGUCACGCAGCACGAUCACCCGGUAGCAGGGCCGCACUAUGAUCUCCGGUUGCAGAUCAAUGGGGACUCGUCGUGUAGCUGGGCAAUUAUCCUUCCAGGAGACCCAAACUCGCGCGGUCGAACGGGUCGCGCAACAGGUGCGGGCGUGCUUCGCAACGCGACCGAGACGAGGGUUCACUGUCUCUGGAACCACCUGGUCGAGACGGCCAGCUUGCACACGGGCAGCCUUCUGGUGUGGGACACGGGCUCGUACGAGGUGCUGCGGCCGCGGAGGAGCAAGUACGCACCAGUGGACUCCCAAGAGGGUAAAUCGGACGACAGCGAUGGCAAGUGGCAUCGCUGGGAAAGGCUUACGCAGCAGGAGAAGCUCGCCAAGGCUUUUUCCUCGCGGAAGAUAAGGCUGCGUCUGAACGGUUCGAGGCUACCCAGGGGCUACGCCCUGAAUCUACGCCUUACGAAGGAUGAAGACGCGGCUGGGCGUGCAAAGGCGGCCAGGCCUGCGGGCACGCGGAAGAGAAGGGGGAGGAAGACGCCCACCAAAAAAGCCCCGGAGACGAGCAGUGACGGCGAAGAUGACUCUGGCCCGGACAGACGGCCAGACCGUGGUGGUGAGGAAAAGGAGGAGGAGGAAGAGUACAACGACGGUUCGGCAGCUGUCAGCAAGAAGGACUUAGACGGCAUUUCGGAAAUGGAAAAGGAACUCCGUGAGCUCGAGGAUGCCGAAGUCCGCAGGACUAAUGCAUACCCUGGGGCCGCCAACACUAUUGGAAGUGUCCAUCAGCGGAAAUGGUUCCUAUCACUGGACAGAGAGGCAUGUGGGUUUGCGAAGAUGAAGAAGGAAGGCAGAGUGUGGUGGGAGCGGCAGGAUACUGCUGACGAAGACGGACUUGGUAGUGAUCAGGCUCAAGGCAGAUUUCGGUGGCCGUUUUACGUGCGCGGCCCCGACCUCGAGAGAAGCAUUGUCACAGGACGGCUUGGGGCCGAGAUCCUUAGGGAUGAAGGUGUUGUUGGGUAUGUUGGGAGGAAAGGAUGGAAGCCUAUUCUGAGGUGA